AUGCGGCUCCAGAUUGCGCUUUUUUUCACCGCAUGUUUAUCGCCCGCGACGGCUAUCUACUCUGACGAGGUCAAUCACAUCGACUUCCACCAUGCCCUCCUCGGCGCCCCAUCUCCCGACUCGACCUUCUUCCUCAAGCCAUCCACAUCUUCAAAUGCCUCCCUCCUCUACACCCUAUCCGACAAGCUGCUCGUGGGUGCCGUGAACCCCGCGACGGCGCGCUGGUAUGGCGCCAGAACAUCUCGCGGUCGGCGGACUCUCCUGCGCAUGGGGCGGGUCUCUUGCGCGGAUUAG